AUGUCAGACUAUCGUGACUCUGAAGAAGAAGAGGUAGAUUUCGUGAUCAGAUAUCUCAAUAGAGACGAGGGUUCUCACUUGACCAGUUGUCGCUUCACAACCGUUGCCACCAUCAGAUCGACUGUUUGGUUAAAACUAAAGAAGACAUUCCACAUGAAUAUUAGAUCCUUGAACUUCAAAGUGGUUGGGAACCCGUUUCAGCUUGAUUACCACUACAAUGGCAGUCUUAUUUUGAGAUCUGUUUUAAUCAGGUUUCAAUUACCAUGCAAGUUUUUCAAGAUGUCAUAUAUAUGA